AUGCUGGCGACUAAAGUUUGUCUACUCAGAAAUAAGUCCUAUCAAGUAUCGCGAACACUCUUCUGUUGUAUCGUGCAAUCACGAUCCAUUGUCUCAAGUCCUCAAGUUGCCGAAAAUCCUGCGUUCUUUACUCCAAUACCAGCUGGAGAUUUAACGCUUCAAUUCAAGCACCGCAUCGCGGGAAGGAAAUACUUACCUGGUUCCCAAGGCAAAGGAUUUCCAGAGUUCCUGGCCUCUCCUCGACAAGGGCUUCCAUAUGCACUACGCGCAGACACUGUAAGUCAUAUAAGCGUGGAGAAAUGGGGAAAAAUGUGCCGCGAACAGCUGGACAAAGCAAUCCCAGAAUACAAUGCAGUUCUGUUCCGCAAUCUACCCUUGUUUGAUGCAAAAGAUUUUGCCAAAUUUGCUUCCAGUCUUGGGUACAGGCCGACAAAUUAUGAAGGAGGAACCGGAAAUAGGUACUUGGUUGAAGGGGAGACGGAAGUGUACUCAUCCACAAGUGAUCCCCCGGAUUUUAACAUCGAGCUGCACAACGAGAUGGCAUGUUCACCUGUACACCCGAAAAAGGUAUAUCAGUAAUAUUCAAGUGAUCUUUGUUUACCCCCUUAAAAUUACUAACAUGAAAAGAAAGUUAGUUUAGAAUUAAGCUAGGUCUCGAUUAAUUAGAGAGUUUAAGUUACCACAAAGGCGGCGGCGGCGAAAAACGUCGCUUAAAAAGUGCAUUUGAGUUCUCCCAAUCUCUACUGCGAUUUAAAUUCCAACUCAUUUACUCUGCAGGCGAACUCCUGUGAAACAGAAUUCCUAAGACCAGAAAGAGAAAAGAAAAUAUCGUCGUCGCUUGUUUAACGUUCUCCAUAAAACGUGAACUUAGGCAAUUUUAUCAUAGUAGUGACGGCAAAGAAAUAUGUAAAAAAGUGUGUUGGACGUGCAAAGGUGUUGUUUUGCCUGGCCAAUCUAUAGCUUUUUGACGUUUUCGUUGCCGUCGCUGUUGUAACAUCUUAAAUUCCCUAAUAUUAUCAACUCCCACCACAUUAGUCUAUUGCAGUCCAUUUUACUUUUCAUGAUUAGGGUUAUCGCACCUGAUUUUAUAAUCAAAGCAAAGGAAAUGUUUAUUGUUAUCUCAAAUCCAGCCUGCAGUUAGCAUUUAUUUUGCUUACAUGACGUUGACUCAGUGAUUUAGACUACAGUCAAACCUCUAUUAAGCGGUCACCUAUCAAUUUCCCGAAAUUUUGCUUCCCAUAUUUACUGUAAAUUUGACCGCUAUUCAACAGUCACCUGCUAUUUUCGCUGAUCAGUUUCCAUUUCAUCAAACCUGAUAUUGUAGGUUAUUUUCUUCUGCUUGAUCGAGCCAAACGAAGAAUUGGGAGGAGUGACACCCUUGGCCAGAAAUAGCGAGAUAUUCGCCCAACUGGACCCAGCAGUUGUGAAGAAGCUGGAAGAAAAACAGAUCCGGUACACUCGCUACCUGAUAGACGAGAAACAUAAACCAUAUGCAUCCUGGCAGCAGUCGUUUAUGACUGACGACCGAAAGGUGAGACUAGAGCUAUAUUCUCACUCUACCGGAUAGCUCUUUCGCCGGCGCGAAAACCAUACCCUAUCGGACUUUUGCUCACACAUAAGAACGGUGAUUUCGGGGCGGUUUCUGCGCCGCUCUGAUCUUGACAGUGGGGUGCCACACUUUGGUGAAGGUUGAACAGGUAUUCGGACCGUAGCGCAAGAGAAUACGUAGGAGCGAGGAAUGGAAUCCACUACAACAACAACAUAAUUUUAUUGUUCAGUAAGAGUUAACUUAAUUAAUUAUACUGUCCCGCAGGUAGCAAAAGCUAAUCUAGGCGGGGCAGAAGAACAACUGAGACGUAAAUGAAUGUUCAGGAGUGAGAACUGGGAUUUAGGUCACCAAUUAAGCCCACUCGGCCAUCCGCUCCGGCACAAAGUUCGAUGUGCGUGAACGACUUUUUCCAGUUCGGUGCCGUUACUGUUCAUACUACAGCGGAUAGCUUGGCGUGUCGGAACAAAAAGCUAUCCGGUAAAGUGUGAAUGUAGCCUUAAAUUACUGUUAAAAGGCCUGAAAAAUGGAACCGAUUCCAAAUAUUUAUUUGGACGUUGCGCGUGAAGCUAGGUCGGUGUCGACUUCAAUUGCCCUAUGGGACUGUUUUGCUCUUCUUUCAUUGGUUAUUACCGAGUUGCGCACGACAUUGGGACAAAAAUCGUCCCAUAAUUCAAAUCAACACCGACCCAGUUCUAAGCGGCCAAUUGUUGUACUGUUCGAGGACAGAGCUGAGCAACGUCUGCGCAUGUGCAGAGACAGGAGAGGUCUGGGGACGAAGCAACGAUCGUUUGCGAAAGGAUUUUCUAAACAACCUCACAUUUUGGCGUUUUUAAGGUGGCAAACAAUGAUGUCACGGACAUGUGUAGUACAUCAUUCACCCCUGUCAUAUUCAAGAUCUACUGAGGUUGGUGCCCCCAGAAUCUAAGGAAAGAAUUGUUGGGAACGAGCUUGAUUAACUUAAGGUUAAAUGUAAUUUAAGAGCGAAUGAAAAGUCCUUGCUUUCCUGCGCAACUUUGUGAAACAACGGUUCUCACCUAUUUUGCAGAAAGUGGAAGAAUUCCUGGAGCGACAAAAUUUCAGUUAUGAAUGGGAGAAAGACACCGGAAAUUUGUCUUACUGGUAUUCACUUCCGCCACUGAUGACUCAUCCAACCACGGGCCAAAAAAUUUGGUUCAAUCAACCUAACGUACACCAUAAUACAUACUACAAGGAGUCACCCAUG